AUGCAUUGUGAUAAAGAAGAAUUAAACACUUGUCAACAUGAAUUUAAAAUGACAGCAAUUCAGGACAUCAGUGUGACCUUCCUGGAGUUCAGGACAUGCCAAGAAGGGCUGGGGAGGAUUGAAGCCCUGCAGAGGCCUGGGUGGUUGCUGCUGCUGCUUCCUCUUCCUCCUCCUCCUCUUGGGUUAGUACUUCGGCUUGAACCNCUGCCCGCGCCAAGCCAGGGUCUGGGCCGCGCUGCUGAACUGGCGUUUACUGUGGAACCUAGCGAUGAUGUUGGGGUCCCUGGGCAGCCCAUAGUGCUGGGCUGUAAAGUGGAAGGAACCCCUCCAGUGAGAGUCACUUGGAGAAAGAAUGGGGCUGAGUUGCCAGACAACUCCCACACCACCCUGCUGGCCAAUGGGUCCUUGCUGAUCCAUCACUUCCGGCUGGAGCGGGGAGCUAGCCCUUCAGACGAGGGCGACUAUGAAUGUGUGGCACAGAACCGCUUUGGGCUGGUGGUCAGCCGGAAGGCUCGAAUCCAGGCUGCAACCGACAAGUUUCUUCCUGGCUCUGAGGGCAUUCGUACCCGUCCCAUUGCUCUGAAGGGCUGCACACUGACCAUUUCCGGAAUCGGUCCUGAAGACGAGGCCAUCUAUCAAUGCGUGGCUGAGAACAGUGCGGGCUCCUCUCAGGCCAGCGCCAGGCUGACCGUGCUGUGGGCUGAGGGGCUGCCCGGGCCCCCUCGCAAUGUCCGGGCUGUCUCAGUAUCAUCCACUGAGGUCCGGGUGUCCUGGAGCGAGCCACUGGCCAACACCAAAGAGAUCAUCGGCUACGUCCUGCACAUCAGGAAAGCUGCAGAUCCUCCCCAGCUAGAGUAUCAGGAAGCUGUGAGCAAGAGCACCUUCCAGCACCUGGUGAGCGACCUAGAACCUUCCACGGCCUACACCUUCUACAUCAAGGCCUACACGCCAAGAGGGGCCAGCUUAGCCUCUGUCCCCACCCUAGCAAGCACCCUGGGGGAAGCCCCUGCCCCACCUCCAUUGUCCGUGCGCGUGCUGAGCAUCAACUCUUUGCAGUUGCUCUGGGAACCCUGGCCCAGGCUGGUCCAGCGCGAGGGUGGCUUUAAACUGUUUUACCGCCCAGCCAGCAAGGGCUCCUUCACCGGUCCCAUCCUGCUGCCAGGGACGGCUUCCUCUUACAACCUCAGCCAGCUGGACCCCAGUAUGGUGUAUGAGGUGAAACUGCUUGCCUAUAACCAGCACGGAGAGGGUAAUGCCACCGUCCGCUUUGUGUCUUUGAGAGGAGCAUCUGAGAGAACAGCCCUGAGCCCACCCUGUGACUGCCGGAAGGAAGAAGCCACCAAUCAGACAUCCACCACGGGCAUCGUCAUCGGCAUCCACAUCGGGGUCACGUGCAUCAUCUUCUGUGUUCUCUUCCUCCUGUUUGGCCAAAGGGGCAGGGUCCUCUUGUGUAAGGAUGUGGAAAACCAGCUCUCUCCCCCCCAAGGUCCCCGCAGCCAGAGGGACUUGGCCCUGAAUGGAGGGAGACAGGGAGAGAGGAGCCAGCUGGGCCGCGAGGAAAAGCACGUGGAUGCCAAGGAGUUGGAGCAACUGUUCCCUCCAGCCAUGGGCGGGGGGCAGCCUGGGCCUCGGACUAUGGAUCCUGCAGCCCCGGCCCUGUGUGAGGAGUCUCAGUUCUCCGUGGGGUCUCUUCACAGCUUCAGCCUUGUGGAUGGGAGGACACCAGAAGCCAGGACCCCCUGUGCAGGCCCCGAAGCUGCUCCAUCACCCCAGAAUGCAGGCCGGGGCCUCCCCCAGGAAGGACAGACCGCUGGCCUUCCCCAGCCCUAA